AUGAUGAGUCAUGUACUUUUUGGGGGCAGUGAAACUAAACAAGAGUCUCAUAAUGUCUACAAUAUUACAUUACAAAGCUUGUGUUCAAAUUUCAAUGAUACAGGAGAAUAUGUGCCUGAAAUAGGUUUAUUAAUAGGAGCAGAUUAUCUUGGCGCAUUAUUGACUGGGAGAAUUGAGCCCAUUGAUAAUAAUUUGGUAGCUAUUAAAACAAAACUUGGAUGGACGCUUCAAGGUAAACAAAGAAACUACUCAAAAUCUUUGGAGAGUAUUGUAUAUGCUAAUAAUUUAGAUUUGACGGAAUUAUGGAGCCUAGAUGUCAUCGGUAUAAGAUGUCCUGCAGAAGUAAAGUCAAGGCAGGUAACCGAUGAAGAAACGGUAGAUUUUUUCCGUAAAACUAAAAGAAACGAAGACAAAAGAUAUGAAGUAUGUUUGCCAUGGAAAAGUGGACGUACAGAAUUAGAAACGAAUAAGGAAUUAGCCACUAUACGGUUAAUUUCAACUACCAAAAAUCUCAUACGAUCUGGACAUUUAAGAGAAUACGAUGAUGUGUUUAAUGAGAGGGUUCGGGAUGGAAUUAUUGAAAUUGUAGAUAAAGACGAGAAAAGGGGACAUUAUUUACCACACCAUCCUGUGAUAAAAACUGGUGCAACAACAACAAAAAUUCGUCCGGUUUUUGAAACGUCGACGAAAGAUUUCAUAGGAAAUUCCUUGAAUAAUUGUUUAGAAAAGGGGCCAAAUUUAUUAGAACUGGUACCCAAAUUGAUAAUGCAGUUUCGGAAAAACGCAAUUCGCGUAACGUCAGACAUCAAAAAGGCAUUUUUACAAAUCAGUUUGAAUCGAAGGGAUGAAAGUGCCUCUACGAAUAUGCCUCUAGGCCCAGCAGCUAAUGCUUCAGAUUCCAGUGAAGAUGAUGAUUCAUCACCCAAAAUCCCAGAUUUUGUUACUAGAGCUGGUCGACGUGUUAAAAUUCUCAAUAGACUUGAUUUAUAA